GGAGAUAGUAGUCCGAAGUGGGUUGCUGUUGAAGGGAAAUUUCUGAGAUACUUAGCUACCAAUCACUGGAAGUCUCAGAGGUACCACCGUACAAUAACAUUUAAAUAUACGAUUUUGUUAUCUGACAACGGUUCCACACACAAGUAAAGCGAAGGACAAAGAAAUAGCUGGAUAUUUACAUCGCAGUUUAAUACAGGUGAUUGUCAAAGGCACUGGAUGGAUAGCAUCGACCCUGACGUCUUGUAUCUGUCCACGGAGCAGCACGGGCAGCCACAAUGUGAGCUUCCCCAUACUGCCCUGGAGGUACCUGCCCUUGGGGGAGCCAAGAAGAUGAAUGGGACUCUGGACCACCCGGACCAGCCGGACAUCGAUGCCAUCAAGAUGUUUGUGGGCCAGAUCCCCCGGUCCUGGACCGAGGAACAGCUGCGGGAGCUGUUUGAGCCCUACGGAGCAGUCUAUGAAAUCAAUGUCCUGCGGGACAGGAGUCAGAACCCCCCACAGAGUAAAGGUUGUUGUUUUAUAACAUACUAUACUCGUAAAUCAGCCUUAGAAGCACAAAAUGCCCUUCACAACAUGAAAAUUCUGCCAGGGAUGCAUCACCCCAUUCAGAUGAAGCCCGCUGACAGUGAGAAGAGUAAUGCAGUGGAAGACAGGAAGCUGUUCAUAGGAAUGAUUUCAAAGAAGUGCAAUGAGAAUGACAUCAGACUCAUGUUUUCACCAUAUGGACAGAUUGAGGAAUGUCGAAUACUACGCGGGCCUGAUGGACUCAGCCGUGGUUGUGCAUUCGUCACCUUCACAGCAAGGCAGAUGGCACAGUCCGCCAUCAAAGGCAUGCACCAGUCACAGACCAUGGAGGGCUGCUCUUCCCCAAUUGUUGUGAAGUUUGCUGACACACAGAAGGACAAAGAGCAGCGACGCAUCGCCCAGCAGCUCCAGCAGCAGAUGCAGCAGCUCAAUGCCGCCUCCAUGUGGGGGAACCUGACCGGGCUCAACUCUCUGGGACCGCAGUACCUUGCACUUUAUUUGCAGCUCCUCCAACAGUCAGCUUCCUCUGGGAAUGCGCUGAACAACCUGCAUCCCAUGUCAGGAUUGAAUGCCAUGCAGAACCUGGCGGCGCUGGCAGCAGCGGCCAGCGCCACCCAGUCCACCCCCACGGGCACAAGCGCCCUCACCACCUCCAGCAGCCCCCUCAGCGUGCUCACCAGCUCAGGUACGGGGCAACAGGCACAUUCCUCCUGGGAAGCAUGCAAGGCGGGGUCCUCCCCCACCUCCAGCACCAACUCCUCGGUGAACCCCAUGGCCUCAUUGGGAGCUCUGCAGUCCCUGGCUGCGGGGGCUGGGGCAGGACUCAACAUGGGCUCACUGGCAGGCAUGGCUGCUUUAAAUGGAGGACUGAGUAGUGGGGGCCUCUCCAAUGGCACAGGCAGCACAAUGGAAGCGCUGACCCAGGCGUACUCGGGCAUCCAGCAGUACGCAGCGGCCGCCCUUCCCAGCCUCUACAAUCAGAGCUUGCUCUCCCAGCAGAGCGUGAGCGCCGCUGGCAGCCAGAAGGAAGGUCCUGAGGGAGCCAACCUAUUCAUCUAUCACCUACCACAGGAGUUUGGGGAUCAGGACCUGCUCCAAAUGUUCAUGCCAUUUGGGAAUGUCAUCUCAGCUAAGGUGUUCAUUGACAAGCAGACAAACCUUAGCAAGUGUUUUGGCUUUGUAAGUUACGACAAUCCUGUUUCGUCUCAGGCAGCCAUUCAGUCGAUGAACGGUUUCCAGAUUGGCAUGAAGCGACUUAAGGUCCAGCUCAAGCGAUCCAAAAAUGACAGCAAACCAUACUGAGUGAUUUUUCUCUCAAAUGGACUUGAUUAGCAAAUGUUUUCUGGUGCCAUAUCAAAUAAGAAUUUGCAGUGUAGCAGUGGAAGUCAAGAGGAUGUUACACAAAGAUAACCAGUAGUCAAAAUAAAUGUCUCCAAUUUUACACCCCAAUAUUGAAUUGAUCCAGUCGUAAAUCCAGCUGUCUUAAAAUCAACCUCAACAUUUUGAUUACUAAUCCAACACAAUGCAAGAAAUUGAAGAUUUUUUACAAAGCUACCCCC